CUCUCUCUCUCUCUCAAUUGAAGGCAGAGAAAGCGCCGGGAAAAUAAAAGAAAAUGGGAGAAGAGGAAGCUUUGAUACUGCGUUCUGAAGUAACAAUGCAAAACUCUCCUUUUUGGCCCCGGGGUAAUUCUACUCGGGAACUGACAGAGACUAUGUGAUUUCAAUAUUUUGAACAAUAAAACCAAGUAUUUUCCACUGGUAUAUUUAAGUUGUGACGUCUUUUAUACCCAUCAGCAAUCCCAACUUUGAAGGGAAUUAAUCUUGUAUAGUUAGGACUUGCGUAUUUCUUGCUACUAUUCAAGAUGAAGAGACAUGCACACGUUAAAGGGAGGGGACCCACAAGAGUCAAUACGCAACAGGUGGUUUUUGAGUUAAAACACAAGGUGGUUUGUGCACUGAACAAGCUUGCUGAUCGAGAUACUUACCAAAUAGGCGUUGAGGAACUUGAGAAGAUGGCUGAGUGCUUAACCCCAGAAGGGAUUGCUCCAUUUCUGUCUUGUAUUUUGGAUACAGAUUCAGAACAAAAGAGUGCAGUUCGAAAGGAAUGUAUUAGACUGGUUGGUACAUUAGUGAGAUUUCAUGAGGGGCUUGUUGGGCUGCAUCUUGGUAAGAUGAUUGCCAGCAUUGUUAAGCGACUAAAGGACCCAGACUCUGUUGUGAGAGAUGCAUGUGUGGAGACUGUUGGUGUUUUGGCUUCAAAAUUGAGUAAUGAUACAGGUGAGGGUGAUGGAGUCUUUGUUGUCUUAGUAAGGCCACUUUUCGAAGCUCUGGGUGAACAAAACAGGCAGAUGCAGUCGGGUUCAGCAUUGUGUUUAGCUAGGGUCAUUGACAAUAGUCAUGAUCCACCAGUUUCAAUUCUGCAGCGUAUGUUGAACCGAACAAUAAAGUUGUUAAAAAAUCCACAUUUCAUGGCGAAGCCAGCAAUUAUUGAAUUGAACAGAAGUAUUAUCCAGGCAGGGGGUGCUCCAACACAAAAUAUUCUCUCUGCUGCAAUGGCUAGCAUUCAAGAAUCUCUCAAGAGUAAUGACUGGACAACACGCAAAGCUGCAUGCAUAGCGUUAGGGGAAAUAGCUUCAGGUGGUGGAUCCUUCUUGGGCUCUUUUAAGGCUUCCUGCAUUCAUUCGCUUGAAUCUUGUCGCUUUGACAAGGUGAAACCAGUUAGGGAUACGGUCCUGCAGGCUCUACAGUGCUGGAAAAGUCUUCCAGGAUCAGAUACUCCUGAACCUUCAGAAGCUGGAUCUUCAAUAAAAGAGAAUUUCUGUGGAGGUGACUACAGUGAUAUCACUAGUGCUAGUGAAUCUGGACGGAAGGAUAUCACACUCAAGAAAGCUGUUACUGGCUCAACUAAGAGCAGGAUUCCUUUGUCUAUGAAAAAAACAUGUCCAAGUUAUGUGGAAAAUCAUCAACGUUCCAAUGAAGAUGAUUGGCAUAUUGAAAUUGCAGUUCCAAAAACCCACAACGCUUCUUUGUCCGAAUUUAACAAUGAAGAAUCUGAGGGUAGCUCUAUUACAAAGACUUUAGAACGGACAAGCACAGAUUUUACAAGCACACAGGACAUUGGAUAUGAAUAUGUGCCUAUGGAUGAAAAGCAAGAGUGUUCAUCUGGGUCCAAUCUUGUCACAGAUGACCUUGAGGCGAAGUUUGUUACAGGUUCUCAUAGCAGUGAUAAAGGUGGUUUGCAGAAGCCAGUAGGAAGAAAUCAGCGAUUUGCAGCUGAAGAUAUUAGUAGUGAGAAACAGAUGUACUCUGAAAGGAUACAUGACCGUAGAAGUCUUGAUUCAACCGUGACAGAAUCUGGCUCCCAUUCUCCACAUGGAUGCUGUUCACAAAUGGCAAAUGAAGUGGUUUGCAUUAGAAAACAACUAGUGGAGAUUGAAACCAAACAGUCCAACUUAGUGGAUCUUUUACAGGUCUUUACGUCUGGCAUAAUGGAUAGCUUGUCUAUGUUACAAACAAGGGUGGUAGGUCUAGAACAUGUUGUAGAUGGAUUAGCUCAGAACUUUGUACACAGGGGAGAGCAUUCCAAUUUAGCAACCUCCAAACUCAUGAAACAAAGCCAACCUGUGCAUUCUCCAAGACUCUCCACAAGCACUCCUAGGCCAUCUAUAGAUGUGCGCAACAGACAGCCCUCGUUGUUGUCAAUGAAACAUUCUGAUAUUUGGGAGGAAAACACAUUUGGCAGGAGCCAAGCGAAUAGUUCCGCAAAACAAAGUACAGAGACAUGGAGCAAUACUAAGGUGAAGCUUACCAGGAAUCCUACUGGGAAAGACAUUCGAAAAAUUCCUGGGCAGGGAACACAAAGGAUGGGUAAUAGUCAAACAAGGACUGAUGCUAUGUUUUCUUCAGCUUCUAGUACUAAACUGAGACAAAAUGUGGUAGAAAGUAAGAAUAGCCUCUGGAAACAAGUGAAAGGUUUUCUAUGUGAAGGGGACCUAGACUCUGCAUAUGUGGAAGCUCUUUGUUCUGGUGAUGAAAUUGUUCUGGUUGAGCUUCUUGAUGGAACUGGUCCGGUUCUAGAAUGUUUGUCUCCUAAAACUGCCAGCGGUGUUCUGAGCAUUUUAGCGUCUUAUCUCCUAGAACAAAGGUUUAUCAAUACCAUAAUUCCUUGGUUGCAGCAGAUUGCUGACUUGAGCACCACUCAUGGACCAAAUUACCUUGGUCUGUCUGCAAAAGCAAAGCAAGAAUUCUUGUCUUCUAUCCAGGAAGCUGUGAACAUGGAAUUUUCGAAUCCUUCAGAGAGAAGAUCGGUUACUCAAUUAGCUGUGAAGUUGCAUCAUUUAUGGGGAUAAUGCUCCUGAUAGUCAGAUAAUAAACCAAGGUUAUGAUGUUAUGGUGCUUGCAGAUUCCACUCAUUGUGUAAGAUACUUUAGUACUGGUAGUACAAUUUCAGUCAGAAAUUCAUUUUCCUGUUGUAUGUAAUGUAAUGUGCACAUCCAUCUCUCCAUCUUGUAUUGAAAACCAAGAGUUUUUCCG